GCUCUGCACGGCUCUGCAGUUGCCCUGGGCGCGUGCAGGAGCCAGUACAUGUGUGUAUGAAAGUGUGUGAGGUGGAAGAGUGUCUGUGUGUACACUCUUUGUACAUCACAGGCUGGAAGACAGGAGCCCUCUACUCAUUUUUUAUUUUGUUCCAUCUCUCCCUUCUGCUCCUGCUUUGCUUCUCCCACCUGGAUCGAAGACCUGGCUAGAAGAGAACUGAGAGGAGGGAGGAGGGUGUGCGUGUGCGUGUGUGUGUGUGUGUGUGUGUGUGUGUUGUGUGUGUGUGUGUGUGUGUGUGUGUGUGUGUUUGAAGGGAUGGGGGCGGUCAGCUUGUGAACGGGGAGGGUUGGGUGGGAGGUGAUGACGAGAUGAAAGGAGCCAGGUGAGGAGGAGACACAGGAGCGCCCCUCUCCUCUCUCCCCACUCUCUCUCUCUCUCUGUGACGUGGUGUGUGUAUGUGUGUGUGUGUGUGUGUGUGUGUGUGUGUGUGAGUGUGUGUGUCAGUGUGUGUUAGCUGUGUGUGUGUGAGAGAGCGAAACAGGUCGGCUUUCCUUCAGUAGACUGUGAACCUGCACAGGAGAAAGCAGCCCUCUCCAGACUGAGAUCUUUUCAACUGAAAGUCAUAUUGGAGAAAGAAGGACACCUUGACUAAAAGUUACAAUGAACUGAGUGAAACCUCCGUUAAUCGUCUGCUGAGCUCCAGGUUAAAGUCCCCCGGGGUCAGGGCCUGUACAGCACAAGCUGCCAUGACAGACACCACCGCCUGAGCUUCUCAGUGACACCCUAUGACAGGGGAGGAUGGGUGAUGGGCCCGUGAAAUUCAGCGGACUCUCUCCUCCUUAUCCCAUCCUCUCAUGGAGCGUCCUGUCACACCGAGCCCCUCUUGGAACACUUCUCUCUCCGGCCUCCCCACAUUUCCAGCCGCACUGCACCCGAAUAUCUCUAACGUGACCCUGCCAAUCGCAAUCAUCCGAGGUGGGGUAGAUCUGAACCAGUCCUUGGCUCUGUGUGCUAUGCUCAUCAUGGAUGUGCUGGCAGUUGUGGGGAAUCUGGCUGUGAUGAUUGUCAUCACCAAAACUCCGCAGCUACGCAAGUUUGCCUUCGUGUUCCACCUCUGUCUGGUGGAUCUGCUGGCAGCGCUGGUGUUGAUGCCUCUGGGGAUGCUUUCAGACCGAAUCCUGGUGGACGAGGCGCUGUGUCGGAGCUACCUUUGCUUGAGUGUGUGUCUAGUCAGUGCUGCCAUCCUCACCAUAUGUGCCAUCAAUGUGGAGCGCUACUACUACAUUGUCCACCCCAUGCGUCACGAGGUCAAGAUGACAGUGGGGGUGGUGGUGAUGGUACUCGUGGGAAUCUGGAUUAAAGCCAUUGUCAUGUCAGUGCUGCCUCUCCUGGGAUGGCUGCUUCAGGGGAACCAGGGUCUGGGGACUCCUUCAGUUCUCAUUCAUGGUCAGAGACACUGCUCCCUCCAAUGGAUGGGAGGCAGGACCACAAGGCUGCUUUUCAUGGUCUUCUUUACAUUCAUCUAUUUUCUGUGCCCAAUGCUGAUCAUUCUGGUGGUCUACUGCAACAUGUUCAAGGUGGCACGAGUAGCGGCCAUGCAGCAUGGCCCCCUCCCGACUUGGAUGGAUACGCCACGACAACGGUCCGAGUCCAUCAGCAGUCACUCCACCAUGGCAGCUAGCCUCGGUGGAACUGGUGCCCGCAACACCCCUCAGAGGACCUUCAGUGGCGGUAAGGCCGCGGUGGUCCUGGUGGCAGUGGGAGGCCAGUUCCUCUGCUGCUGGCUGCCAUAUUUCUCCUUCCAUCUCUACUCGGCCGUGGCGUCUACCACUCCCGCCUCCCUGGCCCAGCUGGAGGACGUGGUCACAUGGAUUGGCUAUUUCUGCUUCACCUCCAACCCCUUCUUCUAUGGCUGCCUGAACCGGCAGAUUCGCGAGGAGCUGGGCCGCCACCUGGCCUGCCUCUUCAAGCGGGCUGGGCCCAGCGAAGCGGAGCAGCUGCCCAGCCGUGAGGCCUCUAUUGAGGAGAACUUUUUGCAGUUCCUUCAGGGCACUGGAUGCAAUCUGGAGCCCUGCAAUUCUCACAGCAGAGCCAGCCCAGAGGAGCCAGAGACUGAGGGCCUUCAGGAAUCAGCUGUUCAGCACAACAUGCCAGCUGACUUCCACAUCCCAGGGCAGAUCCUUGAGGAAACCUCAGAGUUCAUACAGCGGCAACAGCUGAACAAUGAGCUACAUGUAUCAGAAAACUGCUGCAAAACUGUACCAGAGCUGUAGCUGCCUCUCAUGUACUAUCUGCCAUCUAUAAUCCAAUAAAUAUACUUAGUUUUAUUCAUUUUUCUAAAAUUUGUUGAAUUAAUAUAUCUCUUGUUCAUGCUACAACAGCGCUUUUAAGCUAAAAAUCCAGUGAACUGCAAACACAGUAUCUUCUUUGAAGAAUUUAAGUUAUGUAGCUUUCAUAUUACCAACAACAGUCAUGAUGCAGCAUUACAUGUUCCCAGAGCUUUACAGUAUCAGGCUGUUUUCUGUGUGAUGUUAGCAGAUGGACACUAAACCCUUGUUGUGUUAAUCACGGGUCAGCGAAGUGACAAACAUCAUAUAAACACAAAGAAGUGCUGAAUCUCUUCAGGGGAAACAGUUUUCACAGUUAAUGGAAAACUAUAAGAGCCAUUCAUUUUUUAAAAUGAAGACAGAAAUUGUAGUGUUGAUAUGCGUUCUUUUAAAGAUGAAUUCAUUCAUUUGUCAUUAAAAGUUGGAUUCUCCAUCAGAUGUUAGAAUAUAUUGUACAGUAUAAAGUCAAUCAUAACACAACAUCACGAUUACAUAGAAAAUACUGGACUUCCAUCUGCAUUUUCCUCCUCUGGAAUCUUUUUUUUCUCCAUUUAUUUUCAACAUAGAGGACAAAUUCAUAAUUUUUCAAUCAUUUUUUUGUUUUAAGACUUGAAGAAGCCCCUUGACAAUCAGCUCAAACUGAGUCAGUGACACAACAGGUUCUCCAUGACCAAACAGAUGUUUAAUUAUGGAUUUUAAAAAAUGAUCUUACUAUAAAAAACAUCAUACUGGCCCUCUAUUUUGGCACUAGUUCAUCUCCAACAAACUUGAGGAGUAGGUAAAAGUAAAGGUUGUCGGUUACUGCCGUUGCCAGUUUGUUUAGAGAGUAAAGAAGCUUGUUGCAUCAAAGUGUAUUUAUGCCACUUGAACAUCUUCUCAUACCACCAGGGAAUGAAUGUAAAAACAAAAAAAAAGUUGUAGUAGAAAUGAGCAAAUAUUCAGAGCCAUUAAGUAAAUUAUCUUUCUGUUUGAAAUAUUCAUUGUGUUGAAAAGGAUCAUUUCACAGCUGGUGCUGCUGGUGGUAUUUAUAAUCAACAGGCUGACACACCAGUAUAUUUUUAACCAUCUUUCAGGAACAUUAUUAUCAUGUUUAUCUGUUCUUAGUCUUGUGAUUAUCACCUCCUCACCAAAAUCAUCUCACAUUGGUAGACUCGUGAUUUCCACUCAAAGAAAAACAUUGUGACUGGUUUAAUUUGUAUGACAGUGAUGGUGUUUAGGAUUUCAGCUUUGGAAAAACAUCAGCGCAUUAAAACUGUCAGCUUGUUGAGAUAAGGCUCGAUGUGGAUGGAUUCAGGCAUCGCGACCAGUCCCCAUUACCCCGAGAUGUCUGUGCUGUUUACAGGUAAACACAGCAGUGAGUGCUAUCGUGUUUGUGCUAUAAACAACCAGGCUUGUUGUGGCUACACAGCACACAGGUGAGACAAUGCUUACACAUGGCAAGCUUUGCCUUUGGCCUCAUUUAGCAACAAAUGGCAGACACUGGUGAUACUUUCUCUGAUCUCAGGUGGAAUACAAACAGUUUGCACAAGUCACACAGGCAGUGACAAAUGUUCCAAAGAAAAUUACAAGGCACAAAUCUCUUACUAAACACUUUUUUCUGGUCUCUUUUUAUACUUGCUCUCUUGGACUGCCUCAUACCGGACUGUCGGCGUGAUCACAAGACACUCAACACAAGGCGUACAGGGGAGGGUCAUAUUUUGCUGGGAGUCAGAACAAAAAAAGGUCCUUUUGUCAGGGGGGGAGACAUAAUGUUCUUAAUUUCCUUGCAAUAUGACUUUGUUGUUGACUGUUUUUCCGAUGGGUUGUCAUGUCAUCUUGUUUCUUUGGAGUCAAAAGAUGGUGCAGUAAUGUGAGGCCCAAAUUUAGUUAAGACAUAAAGUAAAAAACACGAUAUCACUGCCACGAUCCUCAAUGUUUUUCAAUUUAGUUUUAUUAGUAAGAUUAGAAACUACAAAAUACAAUAUUAUAAGUAUCAUUAAAAUCUGUAAAAACAAUUAUAUAAAACAACCUUUAUUGAUUACACCAGUGUACAGGAACAAGGGUUUAAUCUCUUUAGAUAAUCUGAGAUCUUUCCUCAUUGAUCAUUAUUGAUCAUCUCGCCUUUAGUGCACGAUGCUGUAAUAAAUUCAGUGAUAUUUCACACAGUCUACAAAGCCCCUCACGUUGAGUGAACAUCAACCCACCAUUCAAUCAACUGGAUUUCCGUUACUGUAGCAGCAGAAUUGCCCCCCGACCAAUCAGAUUAAAUGUUUUAAGCUCUAUUUCUGCCACCAUCUGUUGAUCACAAGGACGGAGAAAUAAGCUGUUCAGAAGGUGAACGGCAGAUAAUAUUCACAACUUGAUAGCCACAGUUUGGUCAAUAUGUUCGUUUUUCUCUCUGUAUCCAUUUUUUUUUUUGUACCUGAGCUGAAAAGACUGUUUGGAUUUUUCUUUAUUAGAGUUUCUUUUUCCCUUGUUAAGAUUUCCUGUGUACUGGUUGCCCAUCAGUUGAAAUGAUUAAAGACACAGCAAGAAUAUUAA